AUGGAGCUCCAGAACUCCACCUGGGCCAGUGGCUUCAUCUUGGUGGGGAUUCUGAAUGGCAGUGGCUCUCCUGAGCUGCUCUGUGCCACAGUCACAGCCCUGUACCUGCUGGCCCUGACCAGCAAUGGACUGCUGCUCCUGGUCAUCACCAUGGAUGCCCGGCUCCACGUGCCCAUGUACAUUCUUCUCGGGCAGCUCUCUCUCAUGGACCUCCUCCUCACAUCGGUCAUCACCCCCAAGGCAAUCAUGGAUUUUCUGCUCAGAGACGACACCAUCUCCUUUGGGGGCUGUGCCCUUCAGAUGUUCUUGGAACUGACACUGGGUGGUGCAGAGGACCUUCUUCUUGCCUUCAUGGCCUAUGACAGGUAUGUGGCCAUUUGUCAUCCUCUGAACUACAUGAUCUUCAUGAGUCCGAGGGUCUGCUGGCUCAUGGUGGGCAUCACGUGGAUCGUGGGAGCCCUGAGUGCCCUUGUGUAUACCAUAUACACCAUGCACUAUCCCUUCUGCGGCUCCAGGAAGGUCAAGCACCUGUUCUGUGAGAUCCCGCCCCUGUUGAAGCUGGCCUGCGCAGACACCUCCACAUAUGAACUCAUGGUUUAUUUGAUGGGUGUUGGAUUUCUAAUUCCUCCUCUUGCUGCCAUCUUGGCCUCUUAUACGCUAAUUCUCUUCACUGUGCUCCACAUGCCCUCAAAUGAGGGCAAGAAAAAAGCCCUUGUCACUUGUUCUUCCCACCUGACUGUGGUUGGGUUGUACUAUGGGACUGUAACAUUCAUGUAUGUCCUGCCCAGUUCCUUCCACAAUCCCAAGGAAGACAAUAUCAUGUCUGUUUUCUACACAAUUGUCACUCCAGCUUUGAACCCCCUCAUCUACAGCCUGAGGAAUAAGGAAGUUCUUGGUGCUUUUAAGAAGGUCAUUGGAAAAUGUAUGUUGACAAUACACUCAACCUCCUAG